AUGCUAAUCUCACCGACCCUUUAUCAGAAGAAGUAUGGUGCUCCUCCGACUCCUAUAGCCAUUAUUAUCGGCUCACAUCGCAGCGGACUCACCCCAAUAUCUGCAUACAACCUUACCAAUCCGUCUGCCAAUGCCUCCCAUGAAGAAAGAACAGCGUAUCAACAAUUCAGGUUACGUGGAUACACAUCGCGACUUCUAGUCGAUCUUGAUGUUGUCUCAUUGAGAUCAUUAACCAUUCCAAAAGAUUCAAAUCCGAUCGAUCCAACAAUGCAAAGAAGCAGGUGGGCUAAAUCAAGUGGCCUGAUACUUCCAAUGAGUAGUUCAGAGAAAGAAGGAAUUUCGUGGACAGCGCAAAAUCCUCUCAUUUGGGAGCAUCUUCAACCGUGUCUAAAACUCGCCUCGAGGUUAUUGGCGAGAAUGCAUUUAGACCCUUUUGUUCAAGCUCUACUACUUGGAGGUACUGAGACAAUUCCGAUCGAAGAUUUCAAGCCUCAAGAUGUAUUUCGUUUUGGUCCUGGAAUCCAAAAACUUUUCAAACGCUUUCAUCCCCUGCCAUACGAUUCGACAAAUGCUUUUCGAACAAGACAGGAGUUAAAUCGUAUUGAAACAAAAAUCCUGAUGCGCCAUUAUACGCUGGCAUUUGGUGUUGAUGAGUCUGCCAAAAGUCAAGGUGAUGAAGGAAUGGAAUCGUCUGCUCCUCCAAAACAAAGCUUCGUCGCAGUUUCCACAUACAACCGUCAAAGUAUGACGAUAGUCACUGAGUACAAUCAUGUACUUGGCUAUGCUAAGGAAUUCACUUUCGAUGGAGACUCUCUCAAGGAGGAAAUAAAGGAAGCGGUCUCUCAUGGUGCACUUUAUGAGCCAAUGUGGCGUCGAGAACAAAAGUCUGAACUUGGAUGGGCAGGCGAGGCUUCCGUGUUUGGAGGCACACACUCCAAAAUACUGUACAAUAAAAUAACGGAUGGACCUGGUUUAGGAAGCACUCUAGAUCCAUGGCCAGAAUACGACGCAGCAAGGCAUGGCGAUGCACCUCAGCUUGUACUACCCUUGGGCUCAACAUGGGCAUCUCCUCUGCCUAUAUAUAUGCACACCCAGUUUCGAUCAGAGGACUUCUGGUCGUUGUAUACCAGAAAAUAUGGGUUAUUCCACCCUGUAAGUACGAUAGGCUAUGCACAUGCAAUCACCAUUGAAGAUGACUAUGCUAAAGAUAUUGAUUACCAAUACAAAAUUAUUCUUCCGUCUGAUUUCAACGGAUAUUUAUCGCCAGUGUCAGUUAUUACCCCCACCCUGCAUGGGUUUUCGAAACCGAGUAAACGUACGUAUGCAGAAUAUCUCUUGUUAAAUCAAGAUGGGAGAAUGGAAAAAGCCAAAACUCUUCAAAGUCGCCUCGAAAGAUUUCGCGAUUCAUUUUAUGAAAUCAACACAACUAUGCAUCAACAAUCCAAAACACUCAUGGACUACGCGUGGCUAUUUGCAUAUUUUGAAGAACCACCAGAGCCAGAGUAUGAGGAAGCAGAGUGUGAAAAUGAUUUUGAGAAAUGGCUUGAUGAAUGGACCGAGUCCUUGAGCAAACUUACUGAAGCCUUGGAUGCGUGCUUACAAAAUUUCGACAUUUGCAUUCACAGACUUAUCGUCUGGGAAGCAGCCAUUAAAUUCAGUUUAUAUAGCCACAGAUACCAUGAAGAGGAAAUCAAUCAACGUAUCAAUCUCCAAAAUUUCGGGGCAAAUCUAUUGAAGCUUAUCGAAUCACUUAAAUUCAUAGAAGGAGAAAAUGAUAGAAAUUUGCAAAAGUACUACAAUAAUAGCAUCGAUGCCUACUGGGCCAGUCGCAGAAAGCUCUCUCCUGAAUUCGAUUACGCGACUGUCGUUGCGAACAAUGCGUCGAGUGCACAAAAGAACAAAGCCGUCUUUGAAGCAAAAUUACAAAGAGCUCGAGCGCCCUUGGCAUAUAUGGACGUCGCUUCAUUUGAGCCAUUGUGUAAUCAGAUGCUCCAUGAUGAUCUUGGAGCGACUCUGAGACCAGCAUUGAGAGCAGAACUUUUCAUACUGCUAACGAAAUGCACGACUCUCUACAAAAGUAAAUUAAUUGAAUAUGCGCGGGGAGCGAGAAAAGCACUUCUCUGGUUAACAAGGGAUCCGACGGCGUCAGAUGAAGAAAAGCUGUCGGCACUGGAGGAACGAGACAAACUUCAAGAGUACAUAAACGCAGCUAAAGAAUGUUGA